UCAGGUCUGCUGAGUCGCGAUCUGUCAUCGUGAGCCACCACCCACCGUCGCGAUGACCUCGGUCUUGUUGACCACGGAGCUUCCGGACUCGGCUGCCACCGAGAUCGUGAACAUGGCGCCGGCAGACGAGCCGCCGCCCAACGUCACCGUCGCCGACUUCAUCGACCCGGAGUUCAUCGCGCGGAUGCGCGAGAACCGCAGCGUCAGCAAGGAGGCGUACUAUACGCUCAUCGUGCUCUACGCGCUGCUAAUCUGUUUCGGCGCGCUCGGCAACCUGCUGGUGGUGCUGGCCGUGCUGCGCAAGGCGGCCAUGAAGACGGCGCGCAACCUGUUCAUCCUGAACCUGGCCGUGUCCGACCUGCUGCUCUGCCUGGUGACGAUGCCGCUGACGCUGCUGGAGAUCCUGUCACGCUACUGGCCGCUGGGCGGCGACACGACGUUCCUCUGUAAGCUGUUCGGCGGCCUGACGGGCGUCUCCGAGUUUGUCUCGUCCAUGUCGAUCACGGCUAUCGCGCUGGACCGCUACCAGGUGAUCGUCUACCCGACCAGGAACAGCCUGCAGCUGGUCGAGGUCUGCAUCAUCCUCGCCUGCAUCUGGACUCUGGCCACGCUCCUGGCAUCGCCCAUGUUCGUCGUGCGCGAGCUGCUGCCGGCGUCACUCAACGAGACGCUGCCGGGACUGCCCAAGACGUUCCACUACUGCGUCGAAGAGUGGACGGUGCGCAACGGCCGCGCCUACUACUCCAUCUUCAGCAUGAUCUGCCAGUACGUGGUGCCGAUCGUCACCGUCAGCAUCGCCUACGCCCGCAUCACCAAGAAGCUGCGCUUCCGCAUGUCAUCGAUGGCCAGCCGGACGUCCAGCCUGCGCCAGGGCCGCGAACAGCGCACCCGCCGCACGCACACGCUGCUGAUCGCCAUCUCACUCAUCUACGCCAUCUCCUGGGUGCCACUGAACGUCUGCAACCUGGUGAUCGACCUCAUCAUGUACAACGGCUCGCUGGAGAAGCUGCGCAUCAUCUUCGCCGUGUGCCACAUGAUUCUGAUGACGUCUGCCUGCUCCAACCCCAUUCUGUACGGCUGGCUCAACGACAACUUCAGGAAGGAGUUUAUCGAACUGGCGCACGGCGCGCUGCCGUGCCUGUUCCGCAAGGGCCGCUCCGGUGCCAGUCCGGAGGAGGAGCGGUCGCAGGGCAACCUCAGGACCCUGCUGACCUGCACACAGGCCAACGGUAGGAGUCACACGUACCAGCCGCCCGGAGAGGAGACCAUGGUCACUCGGGACAUUCCGCUCCAGCUGCUCUAAUCGGCAUGGAGCUGACGACUUCCGGCGGAAGUCCCGGCUCCUCCGGCGGCACUGGCGGCGCAGCGGGGGAGAAUUUCUCCUGGCGUCAUUCCAGUUCGUCAGCGGGUGGGCGGACGAACGGAGACGUGCAUCACUGGGUGCGAAAUGGUGCUGCUGAAUGGAACUAAUCGAGCUUCAAUUUCUGUGGUAUCAUCUGCGGGCAGUAUCGGCCCUGUUGGAGAUCCUGGGAGGGCCGAUAAACGACCUACAAUAGCUCCGACAGCUCCUGACGCAAGCCGUCUGGAAAACCCGACAGUGAGGCACGGCAGCGCGUGGUCCGUUACAACGCUGACGAGCCGGAAUUGGCAAUGGAGCGCGCACCGAGCGCGGUCGCAUUCUGGUCGGAGCUCGCGGCCGCGCCGCCACCGUUCGCCCGUUCUGGCCGCCCGCCUGGGUCACAACUGCAUCCCACCCGCAAUUUAUCACUGCUAACAGCCUUGGAGUAGGACGAUACCGAGAUUUAUCGGCCAAGAAAAGAGCGUCGUUGUUAGAACAGUGGCAAACCGAACCAUAUUUCAGACGAGGGACAUUUCUGUGGAGGUGCGGCUUCUUCCGGCGACGCCCCCCACUGCAUGGCGCUGUUGUUGCGUGCAGCUGCUCACACAGCCUGCUGUCACAAAUGGCGUCCGAUGGCGGCGCAUCCGUGGGCCGACUGGGACGGGGGAGGCCUGCGUCGAGCCCCGCAGACCCACCCCAGUCACCGGCGCUCAGAUGCGGCACACAGAAAAAAAAAACACAGACCGACUCAGCUCUCCGAGCCACCGUCUAGGAUAGCAGCGCCAUGGGACAUGCGACUCCCGCGGCCUAUGUGACGGGGACAAAUAAUCAGCGCGUGUAUGUGACGCACGACCCUUGCGAUUGGUGAGGCGGCAUACGAACCCCGAAGCGCCAGGUGAUGAGCACUGAACAGUGGCUACGCAUAGCGCUUUUAGGUGCUUACGGUCAGCUGAAUCUGUGAAUAACGCUGACACACUCGCGAAAACUGUGAGGACAGAGUUUUAUAGUGUGAUGGCGUUGGCGAUGAAGUGAGAAUGUUUGGCUAAAUGUGGUGUUUAAAAAAAAUGCGUGCGAUUAAUCGUGAUCGAGCACUGCUCUCACGGCAAAUGUGCGUAGAAGUUUUGAGAGUGUGGAUUGACUUCCCGAUGUGACAGUUGGGUCAAUGAAGAAGCUAUUAUUGUCUUGCUGCUCUAUGAGUUUGCAAGUUAGGCUUCCUGAUUUAAAAAAAAAAAAAUGUCAUGUGUUGAAUGAAAGAGUAAAAUUUAAAACUGUUGCGAGACGCUUUGUGUUAUACGCGUAUGUGAUGUUAUGUGAAGGAAGUUGUGUACUCUGGAAUGCAGGGUUUAUGCGUUUGCCGAAUCUGGACGAACGUAUUGUGGCUGUUAUGUAUGCCAAAUGGGAACUCCAGUAUAGCGAAAAGUAACCGCGCUGUUGAAUGAUGAAAGGAGAGCUUUCAGCUGUUGUUGGUGUCCCUCAUCCGUCUUUGGACACCGAUAAGUUAGGCGGCUCUCGGCGUUCGCGGAGCUGCGCUGGGGUGUCAUCAGGUGUCAUCAGGGCGUGCGCACCGCCGGUGCUCCCAUCGCCGCAGCGCAGCCAUCAGUGGUAUUAUGUGUCCGCUAAGUGUUUUGUGAGCUGCUUACCAAUGUCGACAGCUUAUUAUUCGACGUGUAACGUUCUGGCUGUCAUUGUGAUGUCGAUCAUUCUCACUAUCCAAAUAGCCCAACAUUCGAUACUACUUUGUGGGACGUCCCCUGAAACUCGUUUGGUGUACGACGCGCUUUGUUUGUGUGGCAAAAGACUUGUGUUGGAAAACAAGUGUUACCAGACUCAAAUACACAUAUUUUGUUGAUGU